CUCCCACACAUACUCCGUAACGCCAUGCUCACGCUCCUUCCUCUGCUAGUUGUGGGCGCCUUUAGCCAAGCCCUCGCUCAACAGGGCUAUGGCGCCCCUCCGCCUGCUACUCCAGGACUAACCUACGGCGCCCCCGACCUCCGAGCAGCUUCCUCCAACAUCAACGCAGCCAGGGGCGGACCAGGAGGCAGCGGUGACCCCAUAGCCGACCUCGCCGCCAGCAUCCCAGGCGGAGGCGUCCCUGGUCAAGAUUACCCAAUUCUCGCCUCUGUUCCAGACACUGGAUUUACUUGUGAAGCUCAAGAAUUCCCAGGCUACUACGCUGACACAGCUGACCAAGCUGGUUGUCAGGUGUUCCACAUCUGCCAAUUCGACAACCGCCAAGACUCCUUCCUCUGUCCAAAUGGGUCCAUCUUCAACCAACAGUACUUUGUCUGUGAUUGGUGGUACAACGUAGACUGCUCAGCGUCUGCGCAAUUCAUAGGUCUCAAUGCAGAGAUUGGGCGACUUCCACAGGAUAACGCUGUAGCCGCUUCUAACCGCGACGCCACACUCUCAAAUUCCUAUGGAGCACCCCAGGCACAACCCCAGGCCCCUUCCAGGUUAUACAAUUCCCCUUCCAGGUUUUAGGGGGUCGGCCCCACCCCCAUAAGCUCAGGGGUCACACACAGGCUGAAAUGGUGCUCCCUUUAGGUCCAUCAUCUCAGCCUAUAGCUAGUCAACCAGGUACACCCCCAUUCCAGAUACUAAGCCCAUCGUCUGUCCUCUUAAAUUCAGCUGGUGCUAAGAUUCUUCACAAACCUGUCUCCCUUGCUAUUCCAAUUUUACAUACUAGACCAGUUCAUCCCAAUUUCCUUUCCAUUUCUCAAGCGACCACUGCAAAUCUACUAAGAAGCUCACCUUCGGAAGUUCCCCAGAUCCCCUUAACUUUUUCUCACCCCUCUUCUGAACAAUCUGGUUCACUUUCAUCUACCACUUCCAUUCCUCUAGAUUCUUACUCAUUUCUGAGAACCACUUCUGUACCUACUCAUCAAAAUCCGACUCUUUCAGGACAUUCCCUUACAAACACAACUCCUUUACUUCUUUCUAAAAAUACUGCCCCAGACUCAUCUCCUCAAUCCACUUCUCAAACUUUCUCAUCAAUUCUGCCUAGGUUCCCUCCACCAACUUUUCCCAACUCCAAUUCUCAAGCCCCACUUCUCCCACAGCUCUCUCUUACAGAUUCUCAUACCCAUCUCUCUGGAGCAAUAUCCUCAGUAUCACCUACUCUAGUUUCUAAAUCCUCUCCUGGACGUCCCCUAGUUUCCCCCCUAACUACACCUGGAGGUUUGCCACCAAAUUCCCACCUGAUCAGCGAGCUGCCGACUGGCCCUUCUAAUCACAUGGAUGCUCCCUUAUUAGAAACACUGUCACGAAUGAAAGAUGAGCCCGUUACUCCACCAGUGCAGAGAAAUCCACCAACCGAGGAUGGCUUUUCUGAGUUAGGUCACUCCAUGGAAACUCACGACGAUCCUCUAGAUUCUAUCACUUCCUCUUCUACCACUCUUGCGUUUGUGUUACCGCCGACUGCCACAAAAUCAACAAAGGCCCUCAGCAUCUCCCCAGAGGAAUCAGUUUUCCCGCCAGGAACUCCGGUGUCCAAAACGAAUGGAAACCAAGAGUUACUCAGCGUAACGCCACAGACGUCCCUGGAAAACUCUUUGGUAGCCAGAAUUCCAGGCCACCUUCCAGAGGGCAUCAAGACAACACUCCUCAUUGACCUUCUUUUGCGACUGCGUUUGUACAUCUCAGUUGACCAUGAACCCCCAAAAUUCAUAAUUACAUGAGAUCAUUCUCAUGUAAUAUAUUACCUGAGACUAUUCUCAAGUAAAAUAUUACCCAAGAUUAGUCCCAUAGAAACAUUCUCGUCUGCUCUAUGUAGUAAGUAAUCUCUUGGUGAAAAUUCACUAAUUCUUGCAUGUUUAGGAUGCUUAAACUAAGUAUUUAUAAAUUCCUAUUUUCACUUCAUUUACUUUCCCCACCAAUUUUCUACAGCUUUCAUGAAAUAACUGUUGGGUUAUAUUCCCUUCAUCAAGCUCUCUCUCUCUCUCUCUCUCUCUCUGUCUUUCACCUCUUAGCGUAAUAAUAAUCAAUGGCUUUCCUUUCACCCAAAGUGGUGACUCCAUUGCUGGACCUAUCAGUAAAUAAAAAAAAAAAAGUUAUUUCUUCCAUGAAGAAACCCUUGGAAUUUUCUCAGAUAUUGCAAUGACUCAGUAUCUGCACAGCUUAUGUUUCCUCUCUCUCUCUCUCCUCUCUCUCUCUCUCUCUCUCUCUCUCUCAUUCUUAACUCCUCUCCUCCUUUUCAACUCAAACCACAAGUCCCCGGUCUUUGUCCUGUUUUUUCUUGUGUGUCUGUCUGUCUGUAUUGUUUUUUCUUUUGAAUGCUCUAACCUCAGUGACCCUUCUUCUUUAUUGACCUCCUAUUUUUCACCUCGGCUGUUCCGCUUUGACUUUCCACUCUGCUUCGCUUGAUCUCAAACCAUUAAUGCACUGGCGUAUCGUACAUGCUUUCGUUUAGUGUACUACAGCCUGAAUUGUGUGCCAUACUACCUUUUGAAAAAUUAUAUAAGAAAUUCUGUUUGACGCUGUAGACUAUCUGUACUCUUUAUUUCUAAUUCUUCAAUGACUGUUCCUUUUCAACAUCUGGGAUGAGGAUUUCGCUGCAGUUUCUAUCAUACAGUCUUGUACUUAUGAAAUACUCUGCAGUUUCUAUCAUAUAAUCUUGUACUCCUAAAGUUCUCUGUUGCUAUAAAACUUCAAAUACCUCCUCCCUUUCCUCUGCAACACAGAAAACAUUCAAGUGUUUCACUUGGCACCGCUGCAGCCACAUUUCUUGCACGCAGGUUUAUAUUUCUCAUUUUACUUUCUAUGUUAAGCAUGUUAACUCUUCUCAUUCUUUCCCAGUUGAACAACACUGUGUCUCUGCUCUAGUCUGUUCUGAAUUGGUGUUACUGAAGCCUCUGUCCAGCUGCUUCUAAUUCAAGAUCUGACGCUUAAGUCUCUUCUUAAUAUGUAAAACAACUCGGCAUGAUUUUUGCUGUUCUGUGCUUUGCAGUCUGUUGGACUGUGAAGGUCAAAUCGAUUUUGAUGCAGCAGGUGUCUUUUUCUUGUCAGCUUAAUAGUAAUUUAAUAUAUUUCUGGAAUACGAACAUUAAGUACUAAGUACCAUUUUCGUAUUUUCACAAUUUCUUGUUUAUUCAGCAAUGAAUUGCUCCUUCCACAGUCACCAAAAAAUGCUUUUGUUUCAUUUAACUGAAAUGAAAUAGCUUAUUUGAAUCUUGUGUGUGUGUGCAAUCAUAUAUAUAAACAUAUAUACAUGAGUAUGCACAGUACACACAGCUAUUACUGAGCAUGUUUCAACUUCCCCAGCCAGCUUCUUAUGUGUUUGUUGUCUUGUACUGAACAAAAAGAACCAAUGGCAAGUUAAAUCAGACUAGCAGGAUUGCAGAGUGUAAUUAAGAUGGUAUUUUGACUAAGAUACCCACUGCAGAUGAAUAUAAGAGAAGUCAUGCAAUAACUUCCAAUAGUGAGAAAAUGACCAGACAGUAAAUUCGACCGUGGUUUAUAUUUCAAAAUCUCUUCUUCCCUUGGCAAGCAACAGUAAAAGGUAUCUUAAAAACUACCGUCUUAAAACUUGUCACUUGGAGUAUGUGACUCUAGAGAUCGAAAUGGAGUAUUAAGCAUCAGCUUUGUAACUUUCUAUUAAUAUAAGUGUCAUUGUUUUGAUUUCAGUUGUGAACUGAAACUCAAACAACUCUUUCCACGACGUCAAUGCGGCUUCAAACGAAACCGAACGAAUAUAAUAUUACUUUGUUGUACAACCCUUAAAAGUAUUUUAGCUAAUCUGUGGUUGUAACGUUUCUCUAGGUUAAAAUUAUAUCGGAUUAUAAUCACUAUUACUAAUCUGAAUGUCUCUAUAAAAUUAUUUAUAUAUAUAUAUGAUAUAUAUAAUAUAUACACGAAAUAAAUCAUAUCUAUUUUUGUAGCAGAAAUAAUAUAUUUCUAUGAUCUUAAUGAAUAAAAUAUUGGAUAUCUCACA